UAGGUAAAUUGUAUUUUUUCUUUUAGAAUGGAACAACCAUCAGCAGCAGAAAUAAUUGCAAACCUAGCCUCCCAGAUUGAUCACCAUGCCAUCAGCAGAUUUAACAUCUGUCGCUCAGACAUUUGGGACGGAGCUGUCAGAGGGUUCAAACGAGGAACAUUUUCUGAAAAGGACCUUUUCGUUAAGUUCUCCGAUGAUGGAGGGAGGUUGGAAGAAGGUAUCGAUACCGGUGGCCCCAAAAGAGAGUUUCUCUCUCUACUCAUGAAAAGGCUAAGCCUGCGACCCAUAUUUGAUGGACCUACAGACAGCCGCUACCUUGUCUACAAUUCAGCAGCUGUAAGAGAGAACGAAUACAGUUUGGCAGGGAAGAUGAUAUCUGUGUCCAUCGUGCAUGGUGGACCUGGUCCAAAUUUCCUCUCAAAGGAUCUGGUCAGCUACAUAUCAGGGCAGUCCAGCUUCAACUCAUCUGUAGAAGACAUCAAAGAUGAAGUUAUAGGGACAGUGCUAAAAGAGAUACUGAAUGCAUCGUCAUUGGAGAACCUGCAAGACCAAAUGCUAAAGAACAGCACAAUGCUGCAAACGGCAGGAUGCUUUAGAAAUGUGACAUCAGUACAGGAAAAGCACUCAGUUGUGAGGGAGUACCUCAAGUGGUACAUAAUUGAAAGAAACCACAGUGCAAUUGAAAGAUUCAAAGAGGGACUUAAUUGCUUGCAGUUUUUAACAGCACUGCAGCAGCACCCUGCAGUUAUGGCCCCUCUUCUCUGCCAUUUGGACAAACAGCUAUCUGCUAUGGACAUUGAACAUCUCUUCAAACCAGACCUCAGUGAAGCUGGAAGCAACAAGAGGAACCAGGAGGAAAAAACAAUCAGUUUCUGGGCAGACUACCUUCUGGAUUGUGAAGCUGGAACCUCUUCCACAACUUCAAUUCCUCGUUGAUUCGAAGUUUCCCAUGGCAAACACGUGUGCCAACAUUUUAAAGCUCCCUCUCGUGGACAGCUACAACACAUUUAAAGAAAAUAUGACUUUUGGGAUCAGGAACUCCCCUGGCUUUGUUUGUAUUUAGCCAUAAACUCUUGGGUCUCCCUGAACCAAAAACUGAAAGAAAGUUGUUGAUUUCAUUUUACUGUUGUACUGUGUUCAUUUCUGGGAAAGGCACAUAAGUUGGGCACAUGGUUGAAAUUUUAACUUUGGUCCAAAAUGUUAAAUUUGAAUGUACAUGCUUGGUAACAGUCCUCACAGCCAUAUUUUUAAUUUUAAGCACUUUUCAGAACAAAUCAACAUACUAGUGUUUUAAAAGAUUUUUACAGAUUCAAAGUAUUCUUGUUUUAUACAUUGUUAUACCAACCUUAAGUAUGCCAUUAAAGAUUGGCCAUGUUCUUAAGUUUAAUGUAGUUUUCAGUAGCAGCUUCCCAGUCGAGAGGAGUUGGCAAUCCACUUUGUCUCUGCAGCUGAGAAAAGUGAGCUUCAAGAUCUUCUUCGUCAGAGUCCAGAGUAGUUGCAGGUGGCAUCUGGCUGCUGAACAGUGUAAUGGCCUCUGCAGAUGUUGGGAAGCCACAAUUCCUUCCAUCAAACCUUGAAGAAAUACAGAAAAUACAUUGAUUGGAGCUUGUGUUUGCUCAAUUUUUAAGUGCCAUAAAGCACACAUACCCAAGUGAUAUUGGCCUUUGUUUUAUUAUUAUUUAUUUAUUUUUUUGCUGGCCAGGAGUCUGUCAAGGUAUUUUCAAUUGAUGUCAAGACUUUAUUUUAUUAAAGUUCAGGUACAGACAAACUUUUACUGUAAUCACAACAUUCAUUUAUGUUUUGUUUAAAUAAAUAAUUUUCAAUAAAUUGGUUGCCUUUGUCAUA